UGCUCGACACACGGUCGGCCGGUCUAGGCGAUUGCUGUGCGUGUUGUUCGGUAACGGUCGUGAGUUGUAGCGCAACCGAGUGUCGUGUCUAGUUCGGAGGUUUUCCCCGGGACCGGUUGCCGUCGAUCGACCACGUUUUUACGGUAAUAUUGCGGUAUGAUGGACAGAAAGUGGUGACUGUGCGAGUGUGACUUAUUUGACAAAUCGUCGCGAGUGUGCCGCAAUCGCCAUGUCUCGCGGCACCACCAUGGAUUACAGGUGUUCCAGAAUAGGGAAUUGUGGAGUACCUGACAUGACAUCUAUAUCAGAUAUAGACGAAGAUGUUAUCAACCGAAAUUUGCAAACAAGAUAUUCAGAAAAUCACAUUUACACAUACACUGGAACAAUAUUAGUCGCAGUAAAUCCUUACAAGGAAUUGGGUAUAUACUCAAAUGAUCAUGUUUUUCAAUAUCACGGAUCGAAAAUUGGUGUUUUAGAGCCGCACGUUUUUGCAGUAGCCGAAGCAGCGUACAUAAGUCUCCAGAAUGGCGAUAUUGACCAAUCCUGUGUAAUAUCAGGUGAAAGUGGCGCAGGAAAAACAGAAACAACUAAAUUUAUUUUGCAGUACUUAUGUUCAGUGACCAGUAACGUCAGUACGUGGGUUGAGCAGCAAAUACUUGAAGCUAACACUAUACUUGAAUCAUUUGGAAAUGCUAAAACUGCACGUAACGAUAACUCGAGUCGUUUUGGAAAGUUUAUGCAAGUCUGUUUUGAUAGUAAAUGGAUGAUAAAAGGAUGUAUUAUUCAAGAUUAUUUACUAGAACAGUCCAGAAUAACUUUUCAGAGUGCCGGAGAGAGAAAUUAUCACGUGUUUUAUCAACUUGCAGAGGGUGCUAGGCAUAACAAAGAUUUAGUUGAACUAUACAAGUUAAAACCUCCUGAGUUUUACAAUUAUUUAAAUCAAUCGGGAUGCAUUACCAUUGACGGCGUGUCAGAUGUACACAAGUUUGAUGCCUUACGAUUAGCUUUUAAUGUACUACGUAUUCCUUUAAACAUGGUCGAUGGUAUUUUUUGUGUGUUAUCCGCUAUACUCUGGUUGGGUAAUACCGUAUUUCGUGAUAUUGAUGGAGAAAAAUGUCAGUUGACCGAAAGCGACCUAGAAAUCCUGUCGGUAGUAUCUCAUCUGUUAGGAUUACAAACCGAAGAUUUAGUCCAUGUAGCACUUCUCAGACAGAUCAAUGUCCGUGGUAAUAUCACAGAAAUUCCAUUAAAAAUCCAAGAGGCUAUCGAGAAUCGACAUGCUAUGGCAAAAGCUUUGUAUUCAAGAACAUUUGCUUGGCUUGUGAAUCAUAUCAAUACAUGUACAAAUCCAGGUCAAGACUCUUCCAGAUUUUUGGGUGUGUUGGAUAUAUUCGGGUUUGAAAACUUCGCUGUAAAUUCAUUUGAACAGUUAUGCAUCAACUAUACAAACGAAAAACUCCACAAAUUUUUCAAUCACUAUGUUUUUGCUCUCGAACAAGAAAUUUACCGUCAAGAAGAGAUUAAGUUUUCCCAUAUUCAAUUCACGGACAACACGACUUGCUUAGAGCUUAUUGAAAAACCCCCUCGUUGUAUUCUCAAGUUAUUAACUGAACAAUGUCACAUGCCCAAGGGUUCUGAUACUACUUAUCUAAUGAACUUGCACACGGAAUUUGAAAGUCAUCCACAUUUCGUCAAAGGUGACGACCGUAGAAAAUGGGAAUCUGAAUUCGGUAUUGUUCAUUACGCUGGUUCAGUCACUUAUACUGUCAGUGGAUUUGUUGAUAAAAACCGUGACGUUCAACAAGACGUAUUUUUUGAUUUUAUGACACGUUCGACAAAUGUCUUUGUACGCGAGUUAAUCAAAUACCAGGACUUACUGGGUGCUACUGUUUCACGAAUGGGUAAUAAUAACUCAACAUCUACUAGAGGUACAACAAAAGGUCGACCUACUGUCAGUGAUACUUUUAGACAUCAGUUACAAGCUUUAGUCGAUGUUCUCCAGUCUACCAAUCCAUGGUAUGUGAGAUGUAUUAAACCAAAUAUGAUUAAAGCCCCAGAUCAUUACAAUGAAAAACUUGUUUUGGAUCAACUAAAAUACUUAGGAAUGUUGGAAAUCAUCAGAAUUCGAAAAGAAGGUUACCCUAUACAUUUAUCAUUUCAUGACUUCCUUGCCCGUUACCAGUGUUUGGUUAGGAAAAAGUUACCUGAAGAUGAACGUUCAGCUGUUAAAGCAUUUUUGACAUUGCAAAAUAUACCCAAUGAAGAAUGUCAAAUAGGUAAAUCUAAAGUAUUCUUAAGAAAUAAGGCUCAUGAACCACUUGAGGACAAACGAAAAAUAAUGCUCAAUUUAAUGGCCACAGUUAUUCAAAGAAACUGGAAAGGUUAUUUCAUUAGAAAAGAUUACAUAAAAGUAAGAUUUUCUAUAAUAAUUAUUCAAAACGCAUUUAAAAGUUGGAAGCAACGGUUAGAGUUUUUAAAGAAACGGAGAGCAGCUAUUAUUAUUCAGUCACAUUUAAGAGGAGUGUUCGCACGCGAGGUUGCAGCUGCGUUAAGAGAAAUGAGACGAGUUGAAGAAGAAAUGAGAAAGCGUGAACGCAUGGAAGAAGAAAAACGUAAGGCUGAAGAAGCUAGAGAUCUAGAAAAUCAGUGUAAAGAAUUACAAAUUAAAAAAGAAGAAGAAGAAAAAAUAUCUGAAAUAGAAUUUGCAAAAUUAGCAGAACAACUCAAUUCAAGAUUGCAUGUUGAUACCGUGCAUGAAUCUGUAGACCUUGAUAAUCUUUUUGCAUUUUUAUCUGAUGUUCAAACUGGUGCUCGUACAACAUGUGAUUCAUUAGGCGACCAUAUGAAAGAAAUAGUAAGCGAAUUCGAUGAGCUGGAAAAUGUAAUUCAAAGAGAAAUUGAUAGUGUAGAAAUGGAAAUUGAACAAAACGAAAGAGAGAAAAUAAUUUCUGCUUCAAAUGUACCAAUACUACCAGAACCUUCUUAUCCUCCACCACCGCCUCCUCCUUUUAAUCAAGAACCAGUAAAACGUAAAGAUGAACCUAUUUAUGAAGCUGUUCUUCCUAGAGAUGAAGAAUCAGGAUCACCUCCUCCACUUCCUACACCACCUCAUAAAUUAGUUUGUGCCAAAAGUCCUGUAAUAGAUAAUGUACACAGACCUAUGAGCCCUGUUACAACUUUAUCUUCACCGCGGCAAAGUCGUCCAAACUCAAGAACUUCUGGAACUGGUGGUACAAAUAAUUGGAAACAUAGUAAUGGUUUUAUUGAAGAUACUGAAAGAGACCAAAGAAGAAAGUUUAGAGUAGAAAAAAAGCUAAUGGAAAUGGAAAACAUUCAAGAAAAAUCUACCAUUGAUCCACUUCAAGAAAAUUAUCAUGAUAUUCUUGAAUUUGCUGAAAAUUAUUUCAAUGCUCAUGAACGGUCACCCGAAGGUACAAUUAUAGCUACAUUAAAAAGAAAAAGUAAGUCCAUGGAAAAAAUUCCAAUGUAUGAAAUGGUUUCUUUUCAUCGAGGAUCUACAAUACCAACAUCACAUAUUCAUAUGUAUGAUCCUGAUAACAUUACAAUAGCAGUGUCUAUAUUUCGAGAUCUUUGCAAAUAUACACGUGGUGACUUAAAACAAGACCAAGAAGUACAAAUUAUUCAAACUAUAAUUGGUGCUGGAAUUAGUCGUGAAGAGUUACGCGAUGAGAUUUUUGUGCAAUGUAUGCGACAAGUUACUAAUAAUCCUAAUUUAGAUUCCACUGAAAGAAUCUGGCUUCUCAUUUGUCUUGUUAUUGUAGCAUUCCAACCUAGUAAAAUAUUGUUCAAAUAUUUUGUUAGCUUUUUACGAAAAAAUCUGCGAACAGAUGGUAAACUCAAACAAUAUGUCCAAUGGUGUUUAGAUAAUUGUAAGAACACUAAAGUAUCUUGUAGACAGUACCCUCCAUCUACUGUUGAAAUUGCUGCAAUGAGACGUCUUGGAACAAUUGUAUGUAGAUUCUUUUUCUUAGAUGGACGAACUAAAGCUAUAGAUAUUCAUCCAACAGACACAGCAAGUGAUGCAGUGUGUAAACUUGCUGACAAACUGUGCUUAAGGUCUAUUGAUGGUUGGUCAAUAUAUCAGAGUCGUGCAGAUGGCGAGGAACAUGUUCGAGCUCAUUAUUAUCUAUAUGAUGUCAUUGCUGCUUGGCAAUCAAAACAGCAAGUCAAACAAACAACUCCAAGUAAUUUUCCUUCUAUUAGCCGGCGGGCAAGUAACACUUCCCUUAGCAGUGGUGAAAAUCGUUUUAUAUUUAAACGUAGACUUUUCCGACAUUCGAGAGAAAUAUCUCAAGACCCCAUCGAAGUCAAUCUAUUAUAUGCUCAAGCUGUUUAUAGUGUAGUCAAAUGCGAUGAUUUUCCUGUCAGUGAAAAAGUAGCUCUUCAGUUAGCAGGACUUCAAUGUCAAGUGUCUCUAGGUGAUCCUAAAGAAUCUACAUUAGAGUUUUAUGCAGAUGUGGAAAAUUACUUACCUUAUCGAAUUAGUAGAACGAGAAGUUCAGACAAUUGGGUCCCUAUACUAGCUCAAGCCCACCAGCAAUAUGGUGCUGGUAGAUCAGAACUUAUGGCAAAAGUAUUAUAUUUGUCAUGUGUUAUGCAGUAUCCAUUAUAUGGUACCACUAUGUUUCAUGUUACCUACAGAGGAUAUUGGUCCUACGGUAACAACCUGAUUUUGGGUGUCAAUUGUGUGGGUUUAAUGUUGGUCAAACCCGAUGACAAGUUUGUUAUGUAUGAAUUUCGCUAUUCUGAUGUAGAAUCUAUAUUUUUGGAUCCUAGUGACUGUUUCCUUACUAUAAAUUUAAUGAGACAUCAGAACGACAGUGCUUCAGCUCAAAGAUGUUUUGUCUUUGAAACUCAACAAAAAGGAGAAAUUGGUUCUCUUAUUGUUAGUUACUGUCCUGGACUUGCUGGUUGGAUUAGUGAAAACGAGGCACCAGUCAAAGCCAUUACAAAUGAUGAUCGAAUCAGAUUAUAUCAUAAUGUGAUUAAUUGCCGUCGGAAUUUAAUUGAUUCUGAUAUGCUCAAUAAACCUCAAGACACUACUGGAAAUUUUUUGAAAAAUACUUUAAGAAGAUUAAGCAAACAUAAACUAGAAAAAUUAUGGACUGAACAUAUUGGAUCAUUAUCAGAACAUGGUGAAACCUAUAAGGGAUUUUCAGGUUCCUACUGGUCCUUCAGCAGACAACCUAUUAUACAAAGUCUAAGUCGUUUGUCUGAACAAGAUGAACAAAUUGCUAUUCAAAUGUUUCAAAUAAUGUUGAAAUAUGCUGGCCUUGGUCAAAAUGGGGAAGUUGUUCGAAGAGCUGAAGAUGAACACAUAACACUUAUACAAACUGUUAUGGAGCGUUCAAUGCGGAAAGAAUCUUUGCUUUGUGAAUUAUAUCUACAAUUAAUUAAACAAACAACUGAGCAUCCUGAUCCCAAUUCCAGGGUAAAUCUUAGACACUGGGCACUAUUGUCACUUACAUGUUCUGUAAUCUUACCACCACAACGCAAUAUUCGCAAAUACUUGAUUGCACAUUUAAGAAAAUGUGCUGGGGAUUGUGUUACUGAAGAAGGAAAAUAUGCUCGUUUUGCUGAAAAAUGUGUAUCGAAAACCCAAGGUACUAGACGUAGACAGUGGCCACCAUCUAGAGAAGAAAUACUUUGUACAAUAAAUAGGAGACUAAUAUAUGCAAGAUUUCAUUUUAUGGAUGGUCAGUAUCAUGCCAUUGAAUUCCAUCCUUCAUCAACAGCUAAAGAUGUUGUAGAAAUAGUUAAGAUGAAAAUAGGUCUUCGGAAAACGGCUAUGGGUUAUGCUAUUUAUGAAGUCUUGGGAAAUUCAGAACGGAGUUUAAUACCAGAAGAAAAAUUAGCAGAUGUUAUGUCAAAAUGGGAAAGGUACAGAAAUGCUAAUACUGGUGGUGCUAGUACAACAAAGACUAUGCGAAAACACAGUCACAUAUUCCUAUUCAAGAAACACCUAUUUCUAGACCAAUAUAUGGAUUUGGAUGAUCCUGUUGAAAAAGAACUGUUAUAUCAUCAAGUAUUACAUGGUCUUCGAUGUGAUAGAUUCCCUGUAACUGAUCAAGAAGCGGUUAUGUUGACUGCUCUUCAAGCUCAAGUAGAAUUAGGAGACUGUGAAGAUCUUGUAAUGGAGUAUAGACAAGUCUCAUGUCAUUGUCUUCCAACUAGACUAGUAACCAAUGUGCCAAAUGAAGAUGUAGCCAUGCAUCAUCAAAGUCUUAGAGGUAUGACUUCGGCAGAAGCCAAAAAAUCCUUUUUAAACCUAAUUAAGAGCUGGCCCCUUCAUAGAGCUACUAUUUUCGAUGUUAUGCAAUCAUUUACAUCGAAUUGGCCUCGUGUUUUAUGGUUAGCAGUUGAUCAGACUGGUUUACAUUUACUAGAACAUCGCUCUAGAAAUGCACUGUGCUCUUAUGAGUAUGACAGUAUUUUAAGCUAUAGUCCAGCUGUAAAUUGUCUCAUGAUUAUUACUGGAAGUGAUAAAAAACAAAGCAAAAUCAUCCUUACUACAUCUCAGGCUUUUCAAGUUGCUAACUUAAUAAAAGAAUACACAGAAGUCUUACAGUCACCUCAAGGAUUAAAAAAACGAGAAGGUGGUGGUCGUAAAAAUGGAGUUAAUGGAUCAAACUCUCGACCUGUUAGUAUUCUUCAUAAACCAGUACCAACUAUAGAAAUGCAAACAUAAUUUUCUAUAAAUUAUCUUUAAAUGCUCCAAAACAUUUUUCAUAUUUUUUUAUUUUUGUUUUAAUUGUUGCUCUAAGGCUUUAAAAACCUUGAUAUUGUUAAAUAUUAAAAAUAUUCUUAGAUAGCUUGUACUUAUUUUUAUUAUUUGAUUAUUUGUUAUUUAGACAUAGAAUCUAAGUAAAUCUUAGUAAAGUCACUUACUAAUUUAUUUAUUUUACCAACAAUUAAAUUAAUAUUUAUCAUGACAAUUAGCUAUAAAUAAAUUGUACCAUCUUUUUUAUUAUUAGAUUUUUUUAUCUAGAAAUUAAGAAUGAUUUAGUAAUUUAAGUGAAUUUUAACUUAUAUAACUGACCAAAAAUUGUCUAAAAUACUAUACUCUUAAUACAUAAAUUGAUGUUCCAGUAUUGAAUUAUUUAUUACUAAUGUAAUAGUCAAUCUCGCCACCUAUUUUUAUACUUAUGUUUUUAAAUAUUUCUUUUAAUAGCUUUUCAAACUGAGUUUUUAUUUAAAUUUAUUAUAAAAUAAUAUUUAAUAAUUAAUAAAUAUCAAUUAUCUUAAAAUGUUAAUAUAAAAGUUUAUAUAAAAUUAUAAAUUGAAUAUGUACAUUUCUUAAGAAUUUUAAUUUUAUAAAAAAAUGUUUGAAUUUUAUUUAUUAAAAAUAAACAAAUAUUAUUGUUGUUAUAAAUCUUUUUGUAAAUAUCGUGAUUAUAUUUUGUAAUUUUUUAUUGUUAUAAUUUCUGUACCUAUUGAGAAAAUAUGCCAAAUAUUGUUAUAGUAAUAUAUGUUGAAUAAUUUUAUAAUUUAUAGUAAUAUUAUGUCAUAAUACAAAUGUUUUUAAUUUAUAACAAUGAUAGAUGUAUACCAAAUGUGUGCUAUUAUUUUAAUGUGCCACUAAUUAUUCCUAAAAAUAUAAUAUAAAUGUAUGAACUGAUGAGUUCUUUUUGUUGAUGACACAAGAAUUUAUUUUACUUGAGCUUUAA